AUAAUCAUGUUACUGAUGAUGUAUGCAUCUUCUGAAGUUGUGUUGGUUCCGCACAAGUGGUUGAAUCAGCAGCGCAAAGCAGACGCAGAGUGGUUCUUUUCCGCUCGCAGUACGUUCGUGGCCACAGCUCUUUUCACACAGCUCUCCAGGUCGUGUGAGGCAACAUCCAAACCCAGCCCUAGCUAGAGAAGCAAACUAGCCAACCAAAACUAUCACCAUGUUCUCCGCCUUGCUGGACGCCGCCCGCAAUUCUCCAUUUAAGUCACCGUUAACCAAAGCACAGUGUGAUGCUUCCGACAAGGCCUUAGUGGUCUCCGGGGACCGGACAAUUGCGGCCGCUGCAUCGAAGCAGGUAGAAUUCGGCUCGAAUGAAUUCUUCGGCCUGUGUGCCCUGAGCGGUAUCCUGUCCUGUGGUUUAACGCACACAGCCGUCGUUCCGUUGGAUCUGGUGAAAUGUCGACUGCAGGUCGAUGCUGCCAAGUACAAGAAUCUGUUCCACGGGUUUAAGGUCACCGUUGCAGAGGAAGGAGCUCGCGGUCUAGCUAAAGGAUGGGCCCCGACGUUCUUCGGAUAUUCGGCGCAGGGCGCCUUCAAGUUUGGCCUGUACGAAGUGUUCAAAAUCCAGUACGCCAACAUGAUAGGUGAGGAGAACGCAUAUCUGUAUCGUACCUGGUUGUAUCUGGGCGCUUCCGCAUCGGCGGAAUUCUUCGCCGACAUCGCGUUGGCUCCACUCGAAGCGGCAAAGGUUAAAAUUCAGACCACCGCAGGCUACGCCAACAACAUGCGUCAAGCCUUCCCCAAAAUGAUGGCUGAGGAAGGUGUUACGGCGUUCUACAAAGGACUGGUUCCGCUGUGGUGCCGUCAGAUUCCGUAUACGAUGAUGAAGUUUGCCUGUUUCGAACGGACCGUUGAACUGUUGUAUAAACACGUUGUGCCGAAGCCACGUGCUGAUUGCAGCAAGGGUGAACAGCUGGUGGUCACAUUCGCUGCCGGUUAUAUUGCCGGUGUGUUCUGUGCUAUUGUGUCUCACCCAGCUGACGUUGUGGUGUCCAAGCUGAACCAGGCAAAGGGAUCCAGUGCCUUUGAUGUUGCCAAGAAGCUCGGAUUCAUGGGAAUGUGGCACGGUCUGAUGCCGCGUAUCAUCAUGAUCGGUACGCUGACAGCUCUACAGUGGUUCAUCUACGAUGGAUGCAAAGUUGCUCUUUCGCUUCCGCGUCCACCCCCACCAGAGAUGCCAGAAUCUCUGAAGAAGAAGCUGGGAGUCGAAUAGGCAAAACGUGUACUAGUGCUAACCAACAAACAAGUGAUUAGAGAUUAAUGUUUUACUCGGAUUGGAAGUAAGAUCAGUGUAAAGAAAACACAGACGUGCAUGGUGAAGUAAGAGUGUAACUGUUAAGACCAACGUAAUAAAACCAAACGUUCUUCAACUAA